AUGGUGGACGGCCCUCAAACCAUAGCCCUAGUCCCAGACCAUAUGGUGCUCGCACAUAGCACAGGGAAGGAAGAUUACAUUCACCUCCAACAAGAAGUUGAUAANCUUGAGUCCGAAUACACUAAGAGUCUAGAAGAGUUUAAAGAUAAGACAUUAACAGAGGCUCUUGAACAAGCUAGGAAACAGUGGACUACCAAAGAACUUUCACAUCGAGAAGAAAUUGUUAAGGCUCGUCUGGCAGCUGCGCGAGAGGACUGGCGCCGGGAUAUGGCCCAGUCUACACAAGUAGAGAUCGACCAUGCUUUGUCUACUGCCAGAGAGGCAUGGGCAGCAGACCACGAGAAAGAACUCGAGGAGCGUGUGAGCCAGUUAGAGAAGGAUCUAAGAGAACAACUGGAAGCUAAAUAUGACGAGGAAAAAAGGCAGCUUGUAGAUGAUACACUACAAGAAGCGGAGGCGAAGUUCAAGAACGAAAGAAGGAAAUUAGAAGAAGAACUGAGAAGGAAUAACGCAGACGAUUCGUCACGUGCUAAAUGGCAAGACGAAAGGGCUCGCUUAGUGGAAGAACAUAAGAAACAACUCCAACACAUGCGCAGUGAAUACGACUCUAAAUGGGCAGAUCAAGGUGCCCAGAUUGAGAGGGAUCUGGGUAUAAGGAUGAACGCUGAACUAGAGAAAGCCAGGAAUGGUUGGGAGAAAGAACAACAGGAUGCGAGGAUUCAACUACAGAAGCAAUGUGAGCAGAAAACAAGACAAGUGGUUGAAAAUGCCAGACGACAGUGGGAAAAACAACAGCAACAAGAAAUAAGCAAAAGCUGCGAUGACGCGGUAAAGCGACAGCAGGAGAUAUGGGCUAUUGAGAGAGGAGAAAAUUUGUCGGUCUUGGAGAAAGUGAAACACGAGCUAGCCACGGUAAAGAAGGAAUACGCCAUGACUGUAGAUAAACUGAAGAGAGAAUUGACAGAAGAAAGAAAGAAAACACAGUACAGCUUCGAACGGCGAGACUCGAGGGAUUAUGCCACUCAGACCGUGCUGCAAGUGGACAGCGGUAGCGAUACAAGUUUCAGUAGUUUGGAUCACGUGUCAGCCUCGCGAGGACUACACGAACUACGUCAGCACUACUUGGACACCAUUGCUAAGAUACGCGAUGACGUGUUGGAUCAUGUGAAUCAAACCAAGUCUAAUGCAGCGAAAAAGAUGAGGUAAUUUGUUGUUGAAUUGCUGUUCAGAGAAUCGACCUAAAUUGAUUCUAUUCUGGCACCGCAAAGGUGCCUCAGUGUUAAGUUGUUCAAUGCGCGCAAAACUUCGAAAGCGAACAACUUUAGAUGUUGAACGGCUCUCUGUACGGCUUGGCCAUCAGUACUGAUUUGAGCGCGCAAUUUUUGAUUGAUGCGCUGGGCUAAACUGCAGUGCUGGAAAUAAUUUUUCUUCUUUAACAGGACAAUUGUCCUUUCAAAUCUUCAUUUUGGUCGGACAUCUUAUUAAUUUGACCGGACACUAAUUUGUAUAAUUGAUUAGCAUAAUUAAUUAGCAUAAAAAAUUUAUUAGCAUACUGUAAAGAUUUUCAGUACAAAUCGUUCAAAACUGUAUUGAAAUUUGAUUUAUUUAUCAUUUAUAAUUAACUAGAUGACUUUAUCUACUAAAUGACCGCACCAAUCUCUCCUGGUUAUUUCCUGAUUAUAUGUUCUUCAAGCAAACCUAGUUUUCUACGCAGGAACCCAUCACUAGGACUGUGCAACUUCCUCAAUUAUUCCUGUCCCGGUGUGUUCACAAACCGAUCUUUUUUAGUUUGAAUUUACCUCGAAUUCAGCCCCUGCAGGAGCCUCAGUGACCAAUCACAAGCACGGACUUUAUAAUUUCACCAGAAGAUUAGGUCGCCAUGUCCACCUCAGGCCUCCAUUUUUCCCCUUACCGAUGCACGCUCAUGUAGACGGGAACUGACCUUUUUCGAGGGAAAAGAAGCCUAAAAGUAGACCGGUCUGUUAAAAUACUGUGACAUAGGCUUAGUAUGGGAGUUGCAGGCUCCUAGUGAUGGGCUCCUGACCAAAAUUGACGCCAGGGUACAUACAUGAAGGGCUAACAGCAUAUCGCAAUGCAUAAUAGGGUGAUUUCUGUAAAGUACUUUAUUUGGCAAGUUCAGGAAAGAUGAACACUUCCGCUUUAUGAUAUGGCAGAAGUCCAUAAUGAGCUCCUGGAUAUGGCUCAAACUGUCGGAGUCAAGGGCCCAAAAUUAAACAAAAUGCUUGAGUAGCCAUUUGGCGACUAAGUGAUAAAAAUCAAGUGGAAUUUUAUUCAGAAAAUUAUUCAAAGCAUAACAUCUGUAAAGAAAAAAUUUCCAAGACUUUUUUGGCCACUAACUUUGUGUAUGCAUUACAAAAGACACAAUUGGUAGGUAUACAUGGUGUACUUAAUGCUUAAGGGUUUGCAAUGCAUUAUAGGGCGAUUUCAAACACGAUCAGCCAUUUGCAAGUUUUCCGAUGUGAGGGAAUCCUCUACAACAAAGCAAAAGGAUAGAUUGCUUUCUUUUCUUAUGUUGAAUGUUAUAGAAGUAAAGAUCUUUCACUAUGUAUUUAUGGAAGGACAUCAUGACUGAGAAAAUAACCGUUGUUGAUUGUCAACACAGAGAAACAUAGUCACCAUUAUGGUAGCCUAUGAACGCAGACAUAUUUUUGUUAGUCGACUAAACUAGAAUUUUUGGUCGCCAAAGAUGAAAUUUUAGCCACAUUGGUGACCGUGCCGGUCACAACUUCGAGCCUUUUUAACAAUUUAUAUAACCAAAUUUUACAGAUGGACAAUAGGUGUUGGUGAAAUGUUCGGACAUCAUGUCCGAUCAUAAUGUGAAAUUGACCGGACAUAUUCAAAAUGUGGUCGGACAAUGUGCAAUGAUCGACUGUUAUUUCCAGCCCUGUUUGCAUCAUUGUAAAUAAGGCAACUAAGUAACAAUUCUUACUUCAAUGUUGUAUAUUUUAAUUUGUAUAACAGAGGGCCCAGAUUGCACAAGAAGGCAACAAAUUCAAUUACAUUUUUCAAAAUUUCCUGAAAGAGGCCCACCAGAACACACCCCCCCUCCCCCACCCCCAUGGGAGGAAGCUACGCACCUUCUUUAAGCUGGCCUAAUGAAAAUCUUCAGACUAUUUUCUUAGCUACAACCCUGCCUGUGUAACCCACACAUAAUAUUCAAUAUUUUUCCACUCCUGUUAUUGCUUUGAUCACAGCCAUUUUGUUAGAUCAAGAUAAAAUACGCUAGUUUGAUGCUCAUACAAAGUUUUUAAUGCAAUGUUUUUAAACUAAACAGAAUGUCAUAAAGAAACUUAACAAGAAUUUAUUGCCCACAUGAAAUAAUUGGUUAAACCAUUUCAAGUUAUGACUUUAAUUUCUUGUAAUUGGUGCUAUAAUUUCUAAUUAAAAAAUAAUAAUCUCUAAUGGCACUAUGCCUUCAGGAUGAGAUAUUAGGCAUAGAUGCUGUUUUCAUGAAUCUAAAUAGCAUGUUGUGCAGCAAAAAAUUGCAGUAACUGGAGAUAGUUUACAAAAGGUUCCCAAAGCAAAUGUCAAAUCUUGAUUUCUGAGGCCUCUAGGAGUAUUGGGAAUGAGGGAUUGGAAUCAGUUCCCUCACAGAUAAUAAGGUGCAUCAGGUAAAUUUUCCUCACACCAAUUAACUGUGACAAUACCAAGGUAGUUUAGGUAACAACUGUUUUUGGUCUUCUAGCUGAUGAUGAAACUGACAUUUCUAAUAUCAUGUGGUGGACUCAAGAUUUGUUUCUUGUCCAAUAACAACCCUCUACAGGAUUCUUCAUCUAAUGAUCAGCAACACCGGACUUAGUCAGACAAAAAAUAGGUCAUAACAGGACACUCUAAAAGGACAGACCAUCAACGCACAUCAACAAAAAAGCGGGUGAUUCAAUGACCCCAAAUUUACCACUUCACUUGAAUUUACUGCUGUUACUUAGCUUAAAUGGUGAAAAGGCAACUGAAAAAGUCUGUUGGAAUAUGUUAGCUUGGGAAACUUUGUCUCAUCUGGGGAAAAGAUUGUCUUGUCACAGUUAAAAUACUUUGGAAUGCAGUGUAAGAUCAGGAUGACAAGUCCAAAGUAAAAGGGAUGGAGGAAAAAAUGGUAGCAGGAAGUAGGAUUUGCAAACCCUAUAAACAAUUCACAAGGCAACAUCUGAAAAAUAAAACAAUUUUCAUUAAAAAGUGGCCGUCCAGAGGAUGCCUGGACACCCAUUUUAAUAAAGCCUAGAGGGCAACGAGGUAACUAAAGUUAAGUCAGACAUGUCAGAAAUAAAAUUGUAAGUUAGUUGAAGAGAGUGAAGAUCACAAGGAUGAGGACCAGAGCACAGGAGGCUUUUUCACUUGCUCACGGAAGAACACUCUAACCACGCUAAAAAAGAUGAGUGAUAAGGACUAUGACAGUGACUUUUAGUUUUCAGAUGAAGAUCCUUAUAUAAAUCACAUUAAUGAUCUUAAAGUAGCAUUUAACUAAUAAUGAAUUAAUGAAAUAUUCUAUUUAACCAGCAACAGAGCACAUUAACCUUCUAUUUAUCAUUUCAUAAGUAUUUUAUUUGCAUGAUUGUAAAUAAGGCAACUAAGUAACAAUUCUUUCUUCAAUGCUGUACAUUUUAAUUUGUAUAACAGAGGCCCCAGAUUGCACAAGAAGGCAACAAAUUCAAUUACAUUUUUCAAAAUUUCCUGAAAGAGGCCCACCAGAACACCACCGCCCCCCCCCCC